UCAGCAAACCUGUCCCAUCCCUCAUUACGUCACUACGUCACACAGUCGCGUGUGGAGAGACGGGUGUCGGGACACAAGAUGGCUGCCGCCAGAAAGCUGGAGAGUCUGAAUGAGAACUUCUUGACCUGUUCCAUAUGUAGGGAGGGAUACAAAGACCCCUGUACUCUGACCUGUGGCCACACCUUCUGUAAGGGCUGUCUGGGGGAAUUCCUGAAGACCAAACAAGACGCCAUCAGAGCCAAGUCCAUCCCGUGUCCCUACUGUCGUCAGAUGACCCGAGUGCCCAGGCCUGACAGACCAGUGGAGGAGUGGGUGAAACAGAUCAAGCCCAGUUUCCUCAUGCAGGGACUUCUGGACACUCUAGCCUGUGGGGGAAAUACUGAUCAUGAUACAGAAAACCCCUGCCAUCCCUGCCAGGAUCUUGGAGACAGUCAUCCGGCAAACUUCUACUGUCAAGACUGUCAUGUGCCGCUCUGCAAGAGAUGUGUGAGGAUGCAUGCAUCUCUUCCUGGUACGUCGAACCACGUGAUUGCUGACCUUGGUGGAACAGUAAAGGUCACUAGACGACAGAGGUGCACGGAACACAACGAAGUCAUGGAUUUCUGCUGCAAAGACUGUGAUAGAGCAAUAUGCCACAAGUGCUUUGUCAUAUACCACGGGAAAUGCGACUCUGUGGUCACUCUUCAGUCCAUAAUGUCUGAGAUGAGAAGUGUUCUUACACACAAUAAGGGAUUGAUUACACAGAGCUUUGACGACACUGGCAGAUCACUUCAACAACACAGAUCACAGAUUGAUGCGAUCAGCCACAACAAAGACAAAAUAAAGUCACAGAUCAGACAGGCCUCACAGAAAGCCAUGGACGUGAUUAAACAGAAGGAGAAACAGCUGCUGGAGGAGCUGAAUGAGAUGACAGAGAAGCAGUCUGGACAACUGAGGGGGCGGAUAAAGUCAGGGGAAAUAGACAUGCAGAUGUAUCAACAAUAUAUAGAGUACAUCACCCAGGUGUUGAAGUCUGGGAGUGAGAAUGACAUGUUUGACGUUUACCAGAUGUGUCAGUCUGGGGCAAUCAAAGAGGCAACAGACAGGGAUGUCACUUUCACAGACAGUGUUCCUGAUUCAAAACUUAUAUUUGUAAGUGAAAUAGAUGAGAGGAAAUUACACAAGGAUGUACAACUUGGUAGAAUGCAACAGAACGUUUGUUACGUCAUGGAUACGCGACUUGGUAAAAUACAGUGUGGCAAAUUUGACGUCAUGUGCAGACCAGUGUUACACAAGACAGUCGGCAUUAGGGUCGAUGGCGACAGGUUGCAGACGUAUCCAUAUGACGCCACAGUCCUGGUUGUGGAUGGUGAGGAGACACUGGUGGUCACUGACUACAACAAUACAUGUCUGAAAUCCUUCUACACAAAGAAUAACAUAUCACGACACAGUAAACUGGAUCUUGCAAGUAACCCAAGCUCUGUGACGAGGCUGAGUGACAACCAGGUGGCUGUAUCAUUCUGGUCACACAAUGAGAUUGUCAUAGUACGGGUGACCCCCGAUCUUGUACUACAGUCAAGUGUCACAACAAAGAAGGAAUACAUAUGCCAAACAGCCUUGAAUCCUUCAACAUUAGCAGCAGGUUGUGGGGACCAUCCCUGUGUUGACAUCCUGGAUAUAUCAGGGAGAGUGAUGAGGUCAGUCAGUAGAUUCAACUCUGGGAAGAACCUGAUAUGUCACCCAUUCUGCCUAUGUGCUACAGACAGGGGCAACAUCCUAGUGUCAGAUUCUGGCUCACACUCUGUCUACUGUAUCACACCAGAGGGAGAUGUUGUGUUCACCUACACCCCUACAGGAGAGAGUAGACUGAGUUUACCACGAGGUAUAACAACUACCAGCACGGGACACAUCCUGGUGGCGGACUACUUGGCACACAAGGUGGUACUACUGACACCAGCAGGGGAGUUUGUCAGAGACCUGCUGACGUUACAGGAUGGAAUACGGUAUCCAUGCGGCUUGAUGUUCUGUGACUGUAAACUGUAUGUGGGGGAAGUCGAAGGAGGUGUUGUGAAGGUAUUCAACUGCAGGAUUCCCCAGUGAGACCCCAGGAAGCAAAACAUACUCCGAUCGUGCGCAGAUUUUUAUAAUGAAAAUUCAGAAAUAUGCCCAAAAUGAACAGUUUGUUUUGUGGAAAAUACCCCAAACGCCAAACACAUUUGAACAUAGAUUACAGUGAAUGAGUGAAUAUGAUAAUACGCCGCUUUAAGCAGUAUUCGAGCAAUACCCUUACAACGACGUGGGCACAUUGUAGCCAUGUGACCAGCCGAAACUGAGACAUCGGCAGGACGAGCGAACAUUUGUUUCCGCAUACAAAUGACAAGCGCACAUAGAUAAUGGAUUAUUAGAUCAGUUGUAGUGGCAUUUUUCAGUUAAAUGUGGGGACAAGACCGACAUUAUGCAGGUCAAAGACCUUUACAUCUUUGGAGAAACCCACAAGCGCGGAAACGGUGCUGACAAACCUCGAAAAUUAAUCAGGGCGAAUCUGGGAUUCAAACCCACGACUAUAGGUUCCUGUCACGUCGGCGCCACAGGGUACCUCAUACAUUCUGGAAGGCUAAGGAAUUUAACCCUGAAUAUUGCACUUACUAAAACAGCUACACGUUCACUUACAUUAUCUAGGAAGACCGUUUACUAGCGUUACCAUCAGUGACUCUCGUUGAUAAUACUUUUACUGGUGCUUGAGACAUCCACCUAAAUACCCUAUAAACAUCAAGUAUGUAUUUCAUGACUGUAGAAAAUGUAUUUAUUUUUUACUUUAUACAGCUACAUUUCAAUGUUUGGUGGGUUUUAAUAUAAUUUAUAUGUUUUAAUGAUGUUUUAAGAAGAUUCUCGUUAGCUUUACCAGACUGGAUAUUGUUCAUUUUUAUUGUUUAAAUAACAUGUUAUAUUUAUAUUAUGUACAAUAUGUGACAGUAUAAUAUCAUAUGUAUUAUCUUAUAUGUUCUUACAUUUACUAAUGCCUACACACUUCCACAAUUUGUAGACUGAUAGGAUAACCACUAUCAUUAAUGUGAAAGUCAUAUUUCAUGUAUAUUGAAUAAACUUUUCAUACGCAUUUAAAUGUUCCAUCUGUGAGUUUGUUUGCUGUUUUACGCCGCACUCAGAAACAUCGCAGCUAUGUGACGGUGGUCUGUAAAUGCUCGAGUCUGGAGUCAGCGAGCCUGACCGCCCGAUUCCGUAGGUCGCCUCUCACGGCAGGCAUGCUGAAGACCAAUUCUAACCAGGAAUCUUCACGGGGUUGAUGAGCCCUGGAUGAAGUCAAGUUUCACUUUUAACUUUGUACAAUGUUUCUUCCAUUGUUGUGUGCUUAGUCGCAUAUCUUCUCGUCCAUGAGCGCGCUUCGUAAUUGAAAUUCCACUUGAGUAAGUAAAGACACAUGAAUUAUCUCCCUUUGACCACGACGUAGUUGGUGCCAAAUGUUCGUUAAAUGUUCGUACUUUUAACGGCGUCAAUCGUUUUGCAGGCCGACAAAUAGAAACAGACAAGAACGCCCUGCCCCUGGUGCUCGGAAAAUCAAUUGCCAUGAUUGUUUUAGAUUGUAAAAAUCGAUAUAUGCACCAGGGAUGGAAACUUGUACUUUUAGCUUUUUAUAAUUUUCAUAUCGAUCCUUUAAACCCGAUGCUUCAAUUCUUAAUGACAUUCACCCAGGACGGUUUUGACAAAACAAAAGGCUGUGCCUGUCGUAAGAGGUGGGUAUGUUUGUAAAGGAUCAAAACCUUCUUUUCGGUCUUGACGAAGCUUCGCCCUCCCUAAUUUCCCUUCUCCCAGGGCUUACAUUUCCCGUCAAGACCGAAAAGGAGGAUUUGAUCUGACUUAUAAACCAUCAAAUUAACUUAGAACCGUGUUAAUGAAUAUCAAUGAUUCUCAUAUGACUGGUGUGUCUCGCUUUCAUGAACGCUGUUUACGCGGCGGUAAUCAAUCGCACAAACGCAACGCACGUGCAUUUGCUGCACGAGCAGGUUAUAUCUCGGUCAAGUACACGUGGUUUCAUUCACAUGUGUUGGAGAAAUGGCCGAGGAAGGGGAAGACCUUUUUAUUACACAGUCCACAUUUAUCAAUGAAAUUUCCGAAAGUGAUGCUCGUGAUGCUGAUAAAGAUGAUGUAGACGAUUUUGCGUUUCGCUUUGGAGAGCCAUUGUGUGAGAGGGACAUAGAAGAAAAAUGUGCCAUACAACAAGAUUAUACCGUGGUGAAGUUAAUAAGCAAAUGAUCUGCGAAGUAACAGGUAGGUAUAAAUUUGUAAAAAUAAAUAUUAAGCAGAAAACACAUUUCUCGGUCAUUUUUCGGAGAAAUCAGUCCACAUGGUAUUUUAUUAUUUGGGAUACUUGAAAGUGCACGAAAUGAUCAUUGGAACAUUGCAGAAAGCCGUAAAAUCAAUUUGUUUUAUCAAGUGUUCUUAAGGUAUCAAAAUGGUGAUGCAGACUUUUCACCAGCUAUAAAUCGGAUGAACCUGAUGACUGAAAAUUUGCUGAAAACCGUUUAAAUAAAUCUGAUAACCGCGAUAUGACAACAAAAUGUUGUAUGUUUUGAAAUGUUCAUAGUAUUUUCGAAAAACCUCUUAUCUAUGUACUCUAGCAAGCGGGUCAGAUGAAUAUGUAUUAUAUCACUGUUUGAACAUAUGUUUCAGGGCAUAGAAGUGAUGCCGUACGUACGUAUAAACGUACUUCAGACGAGCAAAGGAGGACCCUGUCGGACAUCAUUGCCAAAAAGAGGAAGCAGGAUGCUAGCUCUGAGCCGACGCCGAUUGUAACUGAAACGUCUAAGCCCGAGCCUUCCCCCGAAAAAGAUGAAAUGGACAUUGGUUGUCGUUUUGUUCUCAAUUUCACUUUUCAUUAAACCUACUUCAUAAGUGUUGCUUUCAUAAAUUUGCACUUUGGGGC